UUCUACAGAAAACAGAAACACAAACAGGUUUGGAAGAAGCGAAGGGUGAGUACAUGGAGACAGAAUGUUGACUGCGAAUAUCCUUUUAAAGGGAUAGUUCACCCCAAAAAAUACUCACUAUUUACUCGCAGUCAAGUGCUUUCAAACCCUUAUGAGUUUCUUUCUCCUGUUGGAAACAAAAGAAGAUAUUUUGAAAAAGGUUAGAAAGAUUUAGAACCAUUACCAUAGACAGUAGAAACGACAAAUACAAUGGAAGUCAAUGGUUACAGGUUUUCAGCACCGGAUGAAGUGAAUGACGACAGUGUUAGCUAUGGAUUUGGAAAUGAUAUCGGUGUUUUUCCAGCUUCUCUCAGCAGCAGCACGUGAGCUCUGAUGAUCAUUAAUGAAGUGGCCAUCAUGCAAACAGAUCCUACAGGGCUUCUGUCAUCUGUAAGCUGAUCUGCACACGUGACGUGAUCCACUCACACACACACACGCUGAUCUGCUGUUCUCUGUGCGCUCCUGCAUUAGUGCAGAUCUCUCCGUGUGUUCAUGUAGAGUCUCCACCCAUGGAGAAGAGCGUGAUCAAAUUCAGCCACUGCCACAGGGACAUCUUCUGCUUCUUCGUGCCGGAUCAGUGUCCCGAAUGUGGGGAGAGUUUGAGCGGGAAGCGGCUGGAGGAGGCGCCCGUCUCCAUCCCAAACCCCUUCAGCAACGGACACAAAACCCCAUGUGCUUUUCUGGUGGCGUCAGCUGAAGACCGGCUGCUCAGGGACUUUGAUGGACAAUCUGAUCUGCAUACAGGAAUCACCAACACAAAUGGCGUGGUGUAUAAUUACACAUGUGCGGGUGUGCAGAGGGAGACUCAGGGCUGGGAGCGCUGCAUCUGUGUGCCGCUGGUGCAGCCGGAUAUGUUCAGUCUGAUCAGCCAAUGGGAUCAAUAUCUGGAGAAAUUCUCCACCGCUCAGAUGUGGGACCCGCUCUGGCAGAGCUUUAAUGAAGAGAGCCACAACUGCUUCAGCUUCACACUGAUGUUCAUCAACUGUGUUCUGGCCACGCAGUCCAAGCGCGCGCUCAGCAAAGAUGAGUUCACACACUCGUUCGUGCUCCCUCGCAUUAAAAGAGCCUCCAAAUACAUGAUGCUGUGCAGCCAGAUAACCCAGAACCACUUCUACAUCGUCAACAACCCGAGGAGAAACUCUCAAGACGACCCAAUGGAGGAAAACCACAACUGAUGGAGCUGCACUGCAAAACAACACUCAGUAUAUUCAUACAUCUUGUAUCAAGGUGACAGUGAGUCAUGAUGUGCCUGAUAAACACAAGUACACCGCUGGACACGCUUUACUACUGAGAUAUCUGCAUUUAUCGCACCCACAGUACGUCAAAUGAGCUCAAACAUGGGCUAUCAAUUGAUUUAUUUAUGGGGUCAACUGUUCCAUGCAACAUAGUCUCCUUCUGAAAACGUAGCCCUGUGUAUACAUCUAGAGACGGUGAAUUAUGCAGCUAGGGGAACGUACGGCUGCAUUUAGUCUAUAAAACGAACUCUACAGGACGGUAUGACGGCGUUCCCUUUUACGCUUACCAGAACUUGCUGACUCAAAAAGCGUGCACAGCAGCCUCUGGUGCAUUUGCAAAAACUGCAAAAAAACACCCCCCCCCCGGGAUGUAUUUGGCGCUCUCCGGAAAUGUAUACAGGGGCACGUAAUCUGAAUGCGCCUGGGUUGGUUCCGUGUGUAACUUGACCAUUUAACUACAAGUAACUUAGUUUAAUAAGUUGUAAUUAAUGUAAAAGCACAUGCAGCGAUCAUAAUAAAGCAGUUUCUCCCUCACA